UAAUUUGAUCCGGUUUAAACGCUACUUUUGUUAGGAAAACCCCGGCUUACCAAAUUAUACUAAAAAACCGAGCCAUUCGAGGGAGUCCACAGAGAUCAUUUUAACGUCGAGGGCUAGGAGGUCCACGGAUUGGGAAGACGCAACGAAAACCAGCGGAUACUCGUCGUUCCGUCGUUCCGUCGUUCGAAUCCAAUGUUGCAGUUGCAGAGAACCUCGGAGGAGCUCUUGUAAAGAUAAUAAAAGAGGUUCAUACAAGGCAAAGGCAAAGGCAAAGAGAUGAUAACGCGAUCGAAUCUGGCGGAGCAGUUGCGAGAGUAUCAGAUUCGAUCGAAGCAUGAAUGGGCUUCCGUCUCCUUCUUCUCCUCCACCUCCUUCAAUCAUACUUUAUCAAGGGUGGAUGUUGUGCUCUUUGUAAUAUGGGAACUGGUAAUCCUAGCUUUCCUGGUUUUUUCGGCAGUUUCUUUAUAUUUUAGGCAUAUGCGACUUGCUUUCGUCUUAGUAUGCAUUGCAAUGCUCUUGCUUUUGUGCAUAAAAGUUACAAAGCAAGUGAGAUUGGCUAGGAAAAAGAAACGGAGGAUGCUUCUUCCAUUAUCUAUGUAAUACUAGAUGAGGGGCACGCGCUACCCAACCUUAUUGUUGUGUACAUCUGGAAAAGUCUUGGCCAUUGCAUUUGGUCUGUAUGGCAUGUUGAUCAGGGUGGAAUGUGUAAUCAUUGCGUUCAAAGGUUAGGUAAAAAUUUGAUGUGAUUUCUGUGGAAGAUGCUGAUCAGAGUGGCAAGUUGAUUGAUCAAGAUAGUAAGAUUUCGUUAGUGAGGGGAGGAAAGGUUAGUUAACCAUACGGUUUCUUCUGUUACUACCGAGAAUAUUCUGUUGUCGGCCUAUUACUAAUGAUAUAGUGAUGUUUUCUUUACUUAUGAACAAUACAAUGACAUAAGAAACAAGUCUAUGACAUUUCAGAUGCAUAUA